AUGUGGAAACGGACUCCGAGUGUCUUCAUCCGGGUCGGAGGAGACGGCGCACGUAAUUGGGGCCCGCGUUCAUCCAUUGACAACACCUUCGAAAUCCCCUUCACCGUUGCGCCCAACCCAGCCUACGACUGGACGCGACCACGAAAAUUUUACGAUAUGUCGCUCUUCGGCAACAACCCUCUGGGUGGUCUGGGAACCUCGACUAGCGGAACCCAGCAACAGAGCAGCACAGGAGGAGGUUUGUUUGGACAGCAGAACACGACCAGCACCCAACAGACUAGCUCUACGCCUGCUUCAGGCGGUCUAUUCGGAAACCUCAAUCAGGCCAAACCUGCGACCACCGGCGGUCUCUUCGGCACAUCGACGACGGCACAACCGGCGACAGGAUCCUCGCUGUUUGGUGCGCCUCAGCAACAACAGCAGCAACAAGGCCAGCAGCAACAAUCAGGCGGACUCAGCUUGGGAGGCUUGGGUGGGCUGGGAGCAUCGACGGCACAGAAGCCAUCUCUCUUCGGCGCCAUUGGAGGUGGUCAACAAAACCAACCCCAGGCGCAAACGACGGGCUCGACCUUCGGCCAGACUACUGCAAACAACACUCUCGGCGGCUCACUCUUCCCCUCAUCGCAGCAACCGCAGCAGAAUACAAACAACCAGUCCCAAAUCCAGCAGGGUCAACCGUCAGGCGCAUACUUUGACAGCCUGUUCGCCAAGAGCAAGAAGCAAGGAGAUGGCGAAAAUGGCAUGGAGGACCUCCCCAGUCUGCAAUUGGGCCUGGGCGACCUUCGCCAGCGCUUGAAGAAGCUGGGAACAAAGGCUCAGGAGCGUCCUUCCGAUGGUAGAGCGCACUACCUCCUCGCUGCAUCUGGCGUGGAUCCUUCUACCGCCGCGAAAGACCUCGGAUCCCUCGAUCUGCAGACUGGCCGUGUCGAGAGACCCUCUGGCUACUCACCCGCCGAAAUCGACGUCGAGACGUACCUCGCGAACCUCCAGACGAAGACGACGAUGAGCAUGAUUGCGGACGGCUUAGAGAGAUCGGUCCGCGACUUUGAUAACUUCUUGGAGGACAACGUGACGAUGGAAUGGGACGCCCAGCGCAAGCGCAUCUACGAGCACUUUGGCAUCAAGGCUCGUGAAGAGUCUUCUUUCGGACCCGCUGCGUCGACAAGAGAGGCCUCUGGUGGCUUUGGUCGUUCGCGCCGAAGCAAGAGCCAGGCGACUGGAGCUCGUUCUGGCAGAGCAAGCGUCCUGGGCAAGUCGAGCAUGCAUCGCUCGGUCAUCGGCAACGCAAGCAAGAUCGGCUCUCACCAGCCAGAGUUCUCAGAUGUUGAUCGGUCCACGGACAAUGGCGGUUCGUUGACCGGCCACAUCAAUUCUGACGACAGAUCUCUACGGGAGAAGCAGAACAAGCUUUCCGAAAAGGUCCGCAACCUCAAUCAGGCGCGGCUCAUUGCCCAUCCCUAUCCCAUCCUUUCAGAGCUCGCGGAUGUCGAGCACCGGUCUCUGGACCCAUAUGCGCCACACAUCGUUGAGGCGUACCAUGCUGUUCGCGAGAUCGUCGGAGAAGAUCCUGAAGCAGAGACUACCAUCAAUGGUGCCACGGCGAAGGAGCGGCAAUUUGCCAAGAUGUACUUGGAUGAAGCGCCGAACUCUGCCAGCUCGAUAUCUAUGCGAAAGAGGCUGUUGGAUGGUGCCAACAGAUACCUUGAGAAGCAAUUCCUUCAAGAAGUCGAGGCCCUCAUCGCAAAACACCCCCACGAAGCCAACCUCGGUGGCCGCCCCGAUAUUGUCAGCAAGAUCAGAGCCUACAUCCGGUUACGUUCUGCACGAAAGGAUUUGGUGCCUGAUAACACAGACCUUCAGCAAACUGGUGGUGAAUAUGUGUGGGCCAUCGUCUUCUACUUGCUACGCUCUGGUCACGUCAGCGAAGCUGCGACGUAUGUGAAUGAUAACGGCAAUCAGUUCCGCAGCAUCGACCGCACAUUCCAGAGCUAUCUCAACGGCUAUGCUUCUAACGAAGACCGCCGCUUGAAGCGCACAUUGCAGGAUAGAUGCAAUGCCGAGUACACUCAGCGUGUGCGCAACGCUCCCGACAACUCCAUCGAUCCCUUCCGGAUGGCCUGUUACAAGAUUAUUGGUCGCUGUGACCUGAACAAUCGGAGUCUGGAUGGCCUCAACACCGAUAUCAACGACUGGAUUUGGCUUCAAUUCAACCUUGCUAGAGAGGGCGACCGUUCGGUUGAGGUGGCUAGCGAGGCUUACGGCCUUUCCGAACUGCAGUCCAGUAUCAAGGAAAUCGGAGCCAAGCACUUCCCCAAGACCUCUGCUGAAGACAACAGUGGCAGCUUUGGCAUGUUCUUCUACCUCCAGGUACUGUCAGGCAUGUUCGAGGAGGCCAUUGCGUACCUUUACCCCUUUUCCUACGUCGACGCAGUCCACUUCGCCAUUGCUCUCGAGUACUACGGCCUCCUCCGACCUUCCGAUCCUUUCAGCGCCUCCAAUGAUCUGCGCAGCUUGAACGUCAAGGAUUCUGUUCAGAUCAACUUUGGCAGGAUGAUUGGCUACUACACAAGGGACUUCAGAGCAGCCGACGUUGUGUCCGCUGUUGACUAUCUGACUCUCAUUUGCCUCAACAUGGACUUGUCUGGCGAGGCUGGCCGUCGUCAUGCUAACCUCUGCUGGGAAGCCCUGCGCGAGCUCGUGCUCGAAACGCGUGAAUUUAGCAAGCUCAUCGGCGACAUCCGCCCUGAUGGCCAGCGGAUACGCGGUAUCAUCGAGGAGCGCGGUUCUUUGAUCGGUCUGACGGAAGAGAACGACUUUAUCAACACCGUCACCGUCCAAGCUGCCAGCUUCGCCGACGAGAACGGCCGCACCACUGACUCAGUCCUUCUGUACCACCUGGCUGGCGAGUACGAUACCGUCGUCUCGAUUGUCAGCCGUGCACUCAGUGAGGCCAUCUCCCUCGAGAUUGGCGAGGAUCCCAUGCGCCUCAUGCCCGUUAAGCCUCGCGCCGCUGGCCAGGAGGCCGAGACCGGCAGCAGCCUUAGCCUGGCUUCCAUCGACGACCCCGUGGAGCUUGCCCGUACGAUGAUGUCCAUGUACGAGCGCGAUGCCAUGUUCCACCGCAAGAUCCAGGAGCAGAACAGAGUCGCCUGCCGCGUCCUGCUCGAGAUGAGCACCAUCAAGUCCCUCGUCGAGGCCGGUCAAUGGGCUCAAUGUCUGGACAAAAUCCGCGGCCUCGAGAUUCUCCCGCUCGACGCCAGCGGCGACCCGAGCAUUAUCCGCGCCUACGCCGCAAAGUUCUCCGGCCUCUCCCAGCCCGUCUCUAUCAACGUGCCGAAUCUGCUCAUGUGGACCAUCAUCUGCUGCACGCGCCAGCGCGACCAGCUCACCGGCGGCCAGUUCAGUGGCAACGAGGGCACUCGUCGCAUGAUGGUCGAGCAGAUGAAGCAGAUGACGCUCGACCUCACCACGUACACUUCGCAGCUGCGUUACCGCUUCCCGCCGCACUUGCACGAGGCACUUGCCAGAGCGUCUGCCGAGUAA